AUGCUCUAUUGCUGCACCCCUCCUCCUUACACAUGCUCUAUUGCUGCACCCCCUCCUCCUUACACAUACUCCAUUGCUGCACCCCCUCCUCCUUACACAUGCUCCAUUGCUGCACCCCCUCCUCCUGACACAUGCUCCAUUGCUGAACCCCCUCCUCCUUACACAUGCUCUAUUGCUGCACCCCCUCCUCCUUACACAUGCUCUAUUGCUGCACCCCCUCCUCCUUACACAUACUCCAUUGCUGCACCCCCUCCUCCUUACACAUGCUCUAUUGCUGCACCCCCUCCUCCUUACACAUGCUCUAUUGCUGCACCCCCUCCUCCUUACACAUGCUCUAUUGCUGCACCCCCUCCUCCUUACACAUACUCCAUUGCUGCACCCCCUCCUCCUUACACAUGCUCCAUUGCUGCACCCCCUCCUCCUGACACAUGCUCCAUUGCUGAACCCCCUCCUCCUUACACAUGCUCUAUUGCUGCACCCCCUCCUCCUUACACAUGCUCUAUUGCUGCACCCCCUCCUCCUUACACAUGCUCUAUUGCUGCACCCCCUCCUCCUUACACAUGCUCUAUUGCUGCACCCCCUCCUCCUUACACAUGCUCUAUUGCUGCACCCCCUCCUCCUUACACAUGCUCCAUUGCUGCACCCCCUCCUCCUUACACAUGCUCCAUUGCUGCACCCCCUCCUCCUGACACAUGCUCCAUUGCUGAACCCCCUCCUCCUUACACAAGCUCCAUUGCUGCACCCCCUCCUCCUGACACAUGCUCCAUUGCUGCACCCCCUCCUCCUUACACAUGCUCUAUUGCUGCACCCCCUCCUCCUUACACAUGCUCCAUUGCUGCACCCCCUCCUCCUGACACAUGCUCCAUUGCUGCACCCCCUCCUCCUUACACAUGCUCCAUUGCUGCACCCCCUCCUCCUUACACAUGCUCCAUUGCUGCACCCCCUCCUCCUGACACAUGCUCCAUUGCUGAACCCCCUCCUCCUUACACAAGCUCCAUUGCUGCACCCCCUCCUCCUGACACAUGCUCCAUUGCUGCACCCCCUCCUCCUUACACAUGCUCUAUUGCUGCACCCCCUCCUCCUUACACAUGCUCCAUUGCUGAACCCCCUCCUCCUUACACAUGCUCUAUUGCUGCACCCCCUCCUCCUUACACAUGCUCUAUUGCUGCACCCCCUCCUCCUUACACAUGCUCUAUUGCUGCACCCCCUCCUCCUUACACAUGCUCUAUUGCUGCACCCCCUCCUCCUUACACAUACUCCAUUGCUGCACCCCCUCCUCCUUACACAUGCUCCAUUGCUGCACCCCCUCCUCCUGACACAUGCUCCAUUGCUGAACCCCCUCCUCCUUACACAUGCUCUAUUGCUGCACCCCCUCCUCCUUACACAUGCUCUAUUGCUGCACCCCCUCCUCCUUACACAUGCUCUAUUGCUGCACCCCCUCCUCCUUACACAUGCUCUAUUGCUGCACCCCCUCCUCCUUACACAUGCUCUAUUGCUGCACCCCCUCCUCCUUACACAUGCUCCAUUGCUGCACCCCCUCCUCCUUACACAUGCUCCAUUGCUGCACCCCCUCCUCCUGACACAUGCUCCAUUGCUGAACCCCCUCCUCCUUACACAAGCUCCAUUGCUGCACCCCCUCCUCCUGACACAUGCUCCAUUGCUGCACCCCCUCCUCCUUACACAUGCUCUAUUGCUGCACCCCCUCCUCCUUACACAUGCUCCAUUGCUGCACCCCCUCCUCCUGACACAUGCUCCAUUGCUGCACCCCCUCCUCCUGACACAUGCUCCAUUGCUGCACCCCCUCCUCCUGACACAUGCUCCAUUGCUGCACCCCCUCCUCCUUACACAAGCUCCAUUGCUGCACCCCCUCCUCCUGACACAUGCUCCAUUGCUGCACCCCCUCCUCCUUACACAUGCUCUAUUGCUGCACCCCCUCCUCCUUACACAUGCUCCAUUGCUGCACCCCCUCCUCCUUACACAUGCUCCAUAGAGGGAAUUACUGAGACAUUGAAUUGA